ACCAAUAAAGUUUUAUUGACACUCGUAGAAAAAAAGUUUAAUAAAAUUGGAAACAGAAAAUGUUCCUAAACAGUUCAAAACAAAUCAAAAUAUUUUUAAAAUUUUAUCGUGUAUAGUAAAUGAAAAUAUAAACGACCAGUAAAAAUGUAAUGUAUAUACGUUCAUUUGUUUUGGAGAUACACCAAAAACCAAAAUCGAUUUUGUGGAAAACUGAUUUUGCGUAAAAAUUCCCGUUUUUCCUUAAUUUGUAUGUUGUUUUUCCCGGUGCUUUUGAAAACUAUUGGGAAUAUUAAAUUUUGACCUCCCCAAUGCACCAACAAUAUUCACUUUCCCAUCGAACAAGAUACUGAAGAUGAAAAUCGAAGAAUUAUUUUGACUACUAAUCGUGUACACAGACACAAAAAAAAUGUUAAAAAAAACACACACAUCAUUGUAAAAUCAAUACAUUCAUCGUUCCACUUCAAAAUCUAAAAACUAUGGUUAUAUAUUUUUUGGUUACAGGGCUAACUACUUACGUGGAACCUUGUUUUAAAUUUUGUUAAUUAAUGUAAAAUUAAAUAAUAAAUAAUAUCAAUAAUUAGAGCAUAAUUAUUGAAUGUUUCUGGGCUUUUUUUCCUAGAUUCGCUGACUUACAUGGUGACAUAAUGUCCCUCAUUCUCACAGCCGGGGCUGCCCAGGACCCUCCACGUUAUCGACAACAAAAUUAAUAUCAUAAUAAUAAUAUAAUAUAUUUUAUAAUAUUUUCAUAUAUCUAAAUUCUGUGGUAUCGACCGACAGAGUCGACAAGUCGGGGCCCGGGUAUAAUAAUUAUUGAUUUUACAAUUCUGGCGUUGCCAACGCGCCACCAAGUGAAAACGUCGUUGUUCGUCGGCGGCGGCAUACUGCCAUACAUCUGACAUCACCUGUCGGCAUUCGCUUAUCGAUGUUAUCACCGCCGUCUCCUUAUCUUUCGGACAACGGACAACAGCCAAAACAAACGGCUGCUCCGACGACACCGGACACAAUUUGUACAAUACGCAUUAUUUAAAUGAAUUGUCCGUUUUAAUUCGAUCUGCUCGGCACAAUGUUUGCGUCUAAAUUGCAGACUCAAAAUGAGAACAAAGUGAACUUCAAAAAGAAAACUUAUGUGGAACUACAGGAAUUGUACGAAAGGCAACGCAAGAUCCUCAGUAACGGACGAUUUGUUGAGGGAUUGCCCGACAAAGGCGAGAAACUGAAACAGUUCAUUGCUCAGCUGGGCAUAGAACUAAACAUACGCGAUGUUCACAAGAAGCUAUGCACAGACAUGUUGGCGUUGAACAUUGGCAGCGAUCAGUUGGAUACCUUUGAAUGGACUGGUAAACAUGUGAAGGCAGUACACAAGAAUAGCCAGCCAGAUGUCAUAGGCGAUGAUGAAGUGUUGAAAAUGUUUGCUUCACAUUCUGGAGUUAAUCAAGACAAAAUAAUCAUAGAAGAGAAACCAGAAAAAGUGUUGAUUAAACCAUCAGAUUUAAUCGAGGAAGACUCGAUUGAAGGCAAACAGCAAGAUUACAAUUCCAUAGGAUUCUCAGAAAACAUGGAACGUUAUGCUAAGAAUUUAUGUGGUCGUAUCGAUACUCACUUGUCAACAGAAAAAAAGCAUUUUUUAUUAAAUAAGCCGGCUGUACCAAACAAACAUACCAUAGUUAAAUCAGCAGAUGUAAGCCUCAAGGAAUCUGUGAUGUUACAGGUUACUUACGACAGUAAAUUGAAGGAAUUAAAAGCUGAAAGUUUGAAACAAAAACCAAUUCCAAAGUUUGAUACGAGUAAUUAUCGAAACACAAGUUUGGUCAACUAUGACAACAUUCUUGAAGACGAGAGUGAUGAAGAUAAUGACAUACUCGAUAUUGACAGUGAUGCAUAAUUUAAGAUUUUGUUUUGUAGUUGCUGUUUUUAGGUUCCUUGUAAAUAAAUAAAUUGUAAAAAUAUGUAAUGUUUAUAAUAUCGGGUUCGGUUAGGUAUGUGUUUUUAAUUUGAAAUAAAUAUUUUAUUUCUCAAUAA